UGGGAUGGUGCGAGGUAGAUUACUUCAUCUGCAUAAAAGUAAAUGCAGAGUGGGAGGAAAUAUCUCAUAAUUAGAACACGGGACGGAAAUUACGGUUUCCACCAACUCUGCCGCUGAUUCUGUUCUCCUUGGCGGAAAGCUCCUCGACCUUCCUUUCCUCACCAGCAAAGGCAAGGGCAGUAAGGAAGCCUCGAGGAGACUUAAGCGGUGAAGAUCCAUAAGCACAUGAAGAUUUCCUCAUAUGGCAGCAGGACCUUUGCCAGGCCGGGAGGACCCACUGUUCAGACCGCGAUGCCCCCGCCGGCCUGACCGCUUCAGCGCCGCGCCUCCCCUCUAGCCCCAGCGCACCCGGUAAUGUUUGGGUAUUUCGGGACAGUGCUACUACGGCGGCCUUCGCCCUCUGCGGCAGGAAUCCACGAUACGGCGUGUGACCCGUGCCCCUCAGUCGCCCACCACCGAAGGCCGCUGCGAAGGCCAGGCCGGGCCGCACCACGCAGCGCCGAGCAGAGGCGGGCGCUUCCCCUGCUCGCUUUCGUCUCGCCCCGGCAGCAGGUGCCGCCCGAACAGUACAGCUCUGCCCGCUUCGGCCUAGCCUUCCAGCGGCGCGGCAGGAGAGACGGGGAGCUGUUCACAGGGAGCCACGGAGAGCCUUCCACAGCGCCGAGGGCAUGAGGCGGGUGGCGGGAGAUACCGCGACUACGGGCGAGGUGAAAGCGACCUUGUCGCUGCUCCUCCCGCUCGCAAGGGCGGUACGGGCCGCCCUCCUCAUGGAAAGCGGCUGCCAGCAGGCUGCAGGUGGGUGGCUGCGGAGGCGCGGCGGACCCGACCCCGAGCAGGGCGUGGUGCGUAGCUGCCCCAGGCUAUGGCGACGAGGGGAGCGCUGCACCCUGCCGUGGCGGCUGUCGGCUGUCCCACUUCACGCUCCCGCCCCGGCGCCGCCCACUGCCGGGGCCGAGCUGGCGCGUGUGUCAACACGGGGCCACGGCGCCGGCCCUGCCCCCGGCGCCUCCCCGAGGUCGCCCGGCGGAGGUCGCCUGGGCAGCGGAGGCCGCGGCGCGGUGGGGAGGCGCCUCCACCGCUUGCUGCUUCCCGGGGAGGAAUACGGAACACUUUAUAUUCAGGAAUACAAGAAAAACAACAAAGUGGAGUCAAGUACAUGCAGCAGCUUCAUGGGCUUGAAGGAUCACCUGGGGCAUGACUUAGGCCACUUUUAUGUGGGGAACACUGGCACACAAAUAAAUGCAAUUGUACCUUGGUCAAUGGCCGAGAAGCCAACGAUGGAUAAAGUUAAUUCUAGGAAAGAAGAUGUAGACAAGGAGGCAUCUGAAGAGAAUUCUGGAAGCUCCAGCUGUGACUCUGAAGAAAGCACAAAUUCUGAUAAUGAUUCAGAAAGACUGAAUAAUUCUGCUUCAGAAUCACAUUUAUUGCCUAAGACUCACCGACAGCUGUGCCAAUCUCCUUGCUUAGAGCCUCAUAUACUAAAAAGAAAUGAAAUCUUACAAGACUUUAGCAUAGAAGAGGCUCAGAUAGUACCUAAGGAAGUAAAACCCCCUGAUGUGGUGAAAGAAUAUCAAACCAAACUGGAGUUUGCACUUAAAUUGGGUUACUCUGAAGAGCAGGUUCAACUUGUACUAAAUAAACUUGGUACUGAUGCUUUAAUAAAUGAUAUUUUGGGAGAACUUGUGAAACUUGGGAAUAAAACUGAGGCUGAUCAGACUGUAACUAAUGCUAACACUAGUGUAAUGCGUGAAGCAUCUUCCAUAGAGUCUCAGAGGUCAGAGUCUCCACUGCAGGAGGAUGUGACAGAGGAUGGUGACAACCUGAGACCAAUAGUUAUUGAUGGCAGCAAUGUUGCAAUGAGCCAUGGGAACAAAGAAGUGUUUUCCUGUCGAGGAAUCAAAUUGGCAGUAGACUGGUUUUUGGAGAGAGGCCACAAGGAUGUUACUGUGUUUGUGCCUGCAUGGAGGAAAGAGCAGUCGAGACCUGAUGCUCUUAUCACAGAUCAAGAAAUCUUGCGUAAGUUAGAAAAGGAGAAGAUCCUUGUGUUCACACCGUCCCGCCGAGUGCAAGGGAGAAGGGUGGUCUGCUACGAUGAUCGAUUCAUAGUGAAGUUGGCCUUCGAGUCAGAUGGCAUCAUUGUUUCUAAUGAUAACUACAGGGAUCUAGCUAAUGAAAAGCCUGAAUGGAAGAAGUUCAUAGAUGAACGCUUGCUGAUGUAUUCAUUUGUUAACGACAAAUUUAUGCCUCCUGAUGAUCCUCUUGGUCGCCAUGGUCCAAGUCUGGACAAUUUCCUUAGGAAAAAGCCUAUUGUGCCAGAACAUAAGAAGCAACCGUGUCCAUAUGGGAAGAAAUGUACCUAUGGACACAAAUGUAAAUACUAUCAUCCAGAGAGAGGAAAUCAGCCUCAGCGAUCUGUAGCUGACGAACUUCGUGCCAUGUCUAGAAGUGCAGCUGCCAAAACUACAAGCGAAGGAGGACUGGUAAAAAGCAAUAGUGUUCCCUGCAGCACUAAAAGUGAUGUCACUUCUGAGCUGAAGCGUGCUGCUCCAAAGAGGCAAUCAGAUCCUAGUAUAAGGACUCAAGUCUGUCAAGACUUGGAGGAAAAGCUUCCCACCAAAAACAAAUUGGAAAGCAGGUCUGUACCUUCUUUAGUUAGUAUACCAAGUUCCUCUGCUGCCAAACCCCAAAGUACCGCACCUUUAACUAACGGCCUUCCAUCCGGAGUUCACUUCACACCUCAGGAUCAAAGACCACAGGGACAGUAUCCCACAGUGAUGAUGGUAACCAAAAAUCACGGAACGCCAAUGCCUUAUGACCAGUAUCCAAAAUGUGAGUCUCCUGUGGAUGUAGGGUAUUACUCUAUGCUGAGUGCAUAUUCAAAUCUAAGUAUAUCUAGUCCACGUAGUCCUGAAAGGCGCUUCUCCUUGGACACAGAUUAUAGGAUUAGCUCUGUAGCUUCUGACUGCAGCAGCGAAGGGAGUGUGAGCUGUGGCAGUAGUGAUUCCUACGUGGGUUACAGCGAUCGCUCAUACAUGAGUUCGCCUGACCCACAGCUAGAGGAGAACUUGAAGUGCCAACAUAUUCACCCCCAUGGCCGCCUUAACACUCAGCCCUUCCUACAGAGCUACCAUGAGCCUCUCACACGAGUGCAAAGCUAUAGUCACGAAGAACCAAAGCAUCACCACAAACCUCCAAUUCCAUACAUGGCUGUGCACCUACAACAUCCAGCAGUCGCUGCUCGUUCUAGUUGUCCAAAUGACUACUCUGCCUCUCAGAGUUCACCGCAUUCGAAGAACGUGCACCUAGGGAGAGCCCUGGUGUCCACGAGAAUAGACAGCGUGUCAGACUCGCGUUUGUACGAUAAUUCUCCGUUGAGACACAGAAAGCCGUAUUCUGGCCAGGACGGGCUUGGAAGCUGGGACAGGCAGGGUUACGGGGUGGAUGCGUACGGCUACCGCCAGACCUACUCCUUGCCGAGUAACCCAACGCAGCCAUGUUACGAGCAGUUUGCCUUCCAAAGCUUACCUGAACAGCAGGACCAGACCUGGCGAGUACCAUACUGUGGAAUCCCUCAAGACCCUCCAAGGCUCCAAGACACCCGGGAGAAGGUUUACAUUAACCUCUGCAACAUCUUCCCCCCUGAUCUUGUGAGGAUUGUUAUGAAGAAGAACCCUCACGUGACGGACGCUCAGCAGCUCGCUGCAGCCAUCUUGGUGGAAAAGUCUCAGCUAGGUUAUUGAGAGAUGAUGCAUCUUUGCGGUGUCUAGUAGUUUUCAGCUCAGCUCUGAUGCUGAGGGAGGUUUGCUACAAUAGCAUUUGGGAUCUCCUCCUCAGCAAGGAGGUUAUAUAGUAAUCCAUUUAUGUGAAAUACUGUAUCAUGGAGUCUGUGUGUAUAGCCCCCAUGCACUGCAAGUACUGGAUAUGUUUUGUGUUCUAGUUUGAAAUUUUUUUAAAUGGCUAUUUUCACAGCUGGAGAAUAUUCCAGUGGAAAUUAAUAUAUAGAGAGAUAUAUAGAUAUUUAAACAAAAAAAAGAAACAAACAAACCCGAUUGUGGUCUCUGGUUAAAAUCUUUGGUGCAUCAGGGGUUUAUAUGCAGCACUUUGUAUCCUUGUUACACGUUGUUGGGAUUUUUGUUUUCGUUUUUUAACUUGUUGGAUGUUUGUCCUUGGGUUAUGUGGCAUUAAAAUAACCUGCAGAAAGAGGAUUUUGCUUUUUCUGGCAGGCAGUUUUCAA